AUGUCGUCAACUGGCCGUGCAAGUGGCUCUACCUCUACUCGUGUUGUAAAGACUACCGCCAAGGCGUCCAGUUCUAGCAGAGACGUAACCUGGCAGGCGGCAGCGGCAGCCCACAUCUUAGAAGCGCGCAAACGGCAAGGGCGAGUGGGCGGCAAGAAGAGCAGAGCUGGUUGUCUCACGUGCAAGACGCGGCGGAUCAAGUGCGACGAACAGCAUCCCCAGUGCGGCCGCUGUAGAAGCAGUGGGCGGCGCUGCGACGGCUAUGUCCAUCUGCAGCUGUCUGUCCCGGGAAGGAGCAGCAACAACAACAACAGCAACAACAACAGCAACUGCCUGAUCGGUCGCCAGCUCUCGCUCGCUCUCGGCUUAGCAGACGACGACAGCAGGCGCGCCUUUGACUACUAUCUGUCCUGGACCGCGCCGCGUCUAGCCGGCGUGCUCGACAAAGACUUCUGGUGCGGCCAUGUGCUGCAGCUGGCACAGCACGAGCCCCUGAUUCUGGACUCGCUGCUGGCCCUGUCGACUCUCUAUGAGCACCCGCAGUACAGGAACACCUUCCUGCCCUCGCCACACCACCACCACCACCCCCGACACUCCCCUCGCGCCAGUCAUGUGCACGCCGCUGUCCAUCCCGCCACCCAGCGGCCCAGUGGAGGUAGUAGCAUCGACGAGCAUGACGCCGCCGCCCUGAGGUACUAUAAUCGCGCCAUCCGCCGCUUUGACCAGAAAAUGGCAGACGGUACCGCCUCUCCGCAGCUGGCUCUGCUCAGUUGCGCCCUCUUCAUCUGUAUAGAGAUCAUUCGUGAUCAUGUCUUGGGCGCCGUCUCCCUUGUCGUCACCGGCUGUGCCUUGACACGACACUUCUCGACGUGUCCCGAAGGCAUGAAUCCCGCCUUGUACGACGCCAUCAUACAGAUGUUUGCUCGCAUUUCCGUCCUCGCUUCCUCAUUUGGGCAUCCUGCUGAGCAUGACCUCGUCGAAUGGAGUAGUCAUUCACCCCCCGAAUCGGCCGCCUUCUCUACCUUGUCGGACGCGCGGGCAAUGUUAUUCCGCUUGCUCGGCGAGACGCAUGCCACCCUUCGACUGACGAGUGAUCUUCGCAAGGGAGCAGUCGCAGAAGGUAAUUCAAACGUAAUGCCAGCCUUUGCCAAUAAUUCCCUCACUGAGCAAGACUUGGCGAAUGUGCCACCGCCUCUUCCUCGGCCUCAUGAGCCUUCAGGCGGAGGAGGGCACGCAACGCACAUGGGCAAACGGUCGCAAGACCUGCUCGAAUCCGAGCCCGAGAGAAUAGCUAGUAAUGAGCAACAUGAGGACCUGUACGAUUUAUCGUGGAGACACGGCGACAUAUCCGCAGAACAUCGAAUGAUUAUGCAAUUAGGCGACCGCAAGCUGUUCAGCGACCCGGUCAACAUGCAAAAGCGACAAGCUCGACUGCAACGGCGGUGGAUGCGCUGGUAUGACUCAUUUCGGCACAUGUGUCCCCACGGCCCCGAAGAGAAUGAGGCCGCAGCGACACUGUUGAUGUUCUAUCAUCUCGCAGUCAUCAUGAUGCACGCAAUGGACACGCAUACACAGAUGAUCUUCGACGAAUGCACUCCUCAUUUUCAAGAGAUCAUUCGGUUGUCAGAAAUCUAUGUGCACAAUCGAAUUGGCGAGCACUCGAUAUUUACAUUCGAGGUCGGUACCAUUCCCCCUUUAUACUGGGCUGCUACCAAAUGUCGCAUACCGUCUUUGCGCCGCAGGGCGUUGGAGCUGCUCCUCAAGGCCCCAGCCAAGGAGUGCUUGUGGGGUGCGAGAUCAUGUGCGGAAGUCGUGGCGCGAUUGAUCGCUAUUGAAGAGGAAGGACUGGGUCAUCCCGUGCCAUCUCUGGUACAAAUAGGUCUCGGUGGUGGUGUUUCCGCCAUCGAUGACUCCAUUUUCCCCCCGGAACAUCAGAGGGUGCACCAUCUCGGAAUCCUGGUAAAUGAGCCUGCCAACCGUUUUGACAUUCGCGUUACUCGUUACAUCUUCAAUGCGGAAACUGGCCUGCGCGAAAAGGUGUAUAGCGAUUAUCCGAUAUGAAGCUCUGGUUGUUUUUGCGCCAUCAAUUGCAGAGGCUGCAACAAUGAUAUGACCUGACCUCGCAUACUCCUAGGUAUUGGUUGGCAGUAGUGACCUGCUCACUUGAACGCGUCUGUCUCGAGCGAUGGUACCUUCCAGGUUAUUGUUCAAAUUCUGCAUCACACUUCUCGCGAGCCACACAGUUGUGGUAUCCGGGUGCGGCCAACCUGGUCUACGACUUCCAUAUGCGCGUCUGUCAGGCCUUUGCCCAAGAUCUCGGUCAAGGUUCAUCAAAGUGGGCAGCAGCAUUCGACGACGCGUAAUCAUCAAGACUUCCUCGUUUGGAAUCAAUUCAUCUUGAAUCAAAGUUUAGCCCUGCUCGACGCAGUGCACACGAGAUUUCAUCUCUAUGCGGGAAAUGCACACUCCAUUGGAUGACUUAUUGGCAGCAGCUGCACACUUGCUGACAUAUGCAAAUUCCAUUGGCGAAUUUAUCAGUUGCACCAAAGACGGACUCAGGCGGGCUCUGGCGGGCGGCGGACGCCUCGCGGCCUCCUUGACAUCAGCUAGCAUCGGCCAUUCCCGAACCAGUAAAUUGAUCCCAGUCGAACGGCAUUGCGGCAUCUGUCCAACUUGGGCUUUGAGCCAAUACAGCACAACGAGGAAGCACUCUACUCACGUUGCGAUCUCUUUUAUGCUGGACAGCUCACGUGAUAAUCAGGACAAGAAGAACUCCAAGGCCUCAUCAAGCCUACAGACGCAUCAUGAUCAGUUUCUUCUCUUGCGGCGACGAAAAUGGACAAGGAAUGGAAGACGAGACCAUGACGAGUAGUUAUGUGAUCGAGGGGCUACUACAAUAGUAUCUCAAUGACGAUGCCGCAUAGCAGCACCUAAUCACUUCUUUGUAGUCUGGAGCGUUCUCGAGCCUAUGGACAGAUCCGGAAGAUGACUGGAAAGUCGAGAUGUCGAGUCGAAGACUUUACCAAAAAAGUCUUUGUUCAUACUCGUCUUUUGUUACCUUUGGCCGAACUCUCCAGAUCCGGACACACUGGAAGAACAAUUGCAGAGACUUGGACCUCCAAGCUAUGUCUUAAUGCUUCCCUACCGCAUCGUACUCGCAUCCAUCUUCACCCGACUUUGAGCUCGCGCAGUGCCAUAGCAAACAUGUCCAGAAGAGCAAGAUAUCAAUACGAUGAUGAAGAGCUUCCCGAGGCAUACGACUCGGAAACGCGCCAAUACACCUUCCGCGCCCAGCCCGAAGUGACGCGCAAUCCCGACCACCACCACAUGUUUUCCGACACGCAGUCUCACGGACGUUAUCAACCCGUCGGUCGCCCUUCCGGCCCCUAUCCCCGAGGCCUCGCUGCAGAAUAUUCCUCCCCUGCACCGGAACCAUACCAGGACGCCGGGCGUGCACGUGAACGCACCUUCACACGCGCAGCCAAAGUGAUUGCGAAGAAAGCUUUCCACAUUCUUCUCGAUGCUUUCCGCUUCGUCGAGCAUUCUGAUCCAUCACUACUGGCCACAGCAGCAGGAACAACCACCCCAACAAGAACCCCUCGUCGUCCAACGAAUUGGCGAGUCGACGCGGACUCUGGUGAUCUCGUUAUGAAUGAUGAUGAUGAUGACGAUGAUGAUGAUGAUAACGUUAAUGGACCACCAACAUCCUCCUACCGCAUCGAUCCGAAAAGACAUGUCCGAUGGCAAAAUCAGCAACAGAAGAAGACUCGAAGAAGCGCCAAGGUUGUCGGGGGCCGUAGCAGGAGAAUGCCUGUUCCCGUGUAUGGUUUCGAGACGGGCGGAAAAUAUCCUUCUGCUCGUGCUGCUGGUGCGGAGAGGAGGAGGAUGAUGAUGAUGAUGGAUAUGGCGAAUAAUAGAUCAUCCAGGAGCAGGUAUGGUGGUAGUGGUGCUUUUGGUGCUUUUGGUGGUGGUGGUGGUGUUGGUAGAGCACGGUAUCAGUAUCCUCAGUACUUGUUGUAGAAAAGUGCUGGAUUGGGAGGUUAGAUAGAAAAGGUACCUACCUACCUAGAUGUUGGGGCUUGCUUGCUGGCUGCGUGGUGCAUGUUAUGAGGAUCUUAUGUGAAUUGAGGGGAAGAUAUAUAGGAAGAUAUAGGCAUG